AUGUAUAAUCACUGUCAUCAGCACAAUGAUACGUUUGAUCGUGGUGAUGAUUGGAGCGAGAAUUGUCCCGAUUUUGCUCUCCUCUCUCCAACAAACAGUUCAUUCAAAAAUCUCUCCUCCGAUAUUAUUUGUUAUAUUGUUUUUCAAUAUUUGGAUUACAAAACAAUUACAAGUUGUUUAUUAUUGAAUAAGGAAUAUUAUGGAAAGAUUGCAAAUAAUAGAUUUCUUUUUAUUAAUAUGUAUAACGAGUUAUUUAUUAAUAAGAGAAUUGCAUUAUCAUCAGUGCAACUACCAGUACUAUUUAAUUGUGUAUCUUUCAGUUCAGCAAAUAAUGAGUUAUCCAGUAAUUGUGAGAGAAUGCUUUUGCAAUCUGGGAGAAUGACAGAUGAAAAAUUGGAAUGUAUUAGAAAAAAGUGGCAAGAAUCAAUUUAG